UCCGUCAUUCUCAACAUGUCCGUCUUUGAACAGUUACAUCCAUUCGUGAGCCUCUGCCAAGCUUGCGGGCUGAUUCCUUACACAAUGAAGCGCAAUUCAACUAGUGGGAAAUUUGAACGUUUCACGUUUUCUGUUAGAAAUGUUUCUACUUGGUGGUUUUUAUUAGUUUUUAUUUCGCAAAUUUUAGUUGUAGUAGGGGUGAAAUUCUUGAGCGAUGAUUUACAAGAUGUUUUAUGGACAGACAGAAACAUUCCAAUCACACUGAUCAUUCUGAGCGGGGUUACCUCAUCUUCCUUUUUAGCUCAACUGCUAUCAUCUCGUUGGAUUGCGUUGAACUAUCGUCACCUGGACAACGCUGUCAAAGCGGUGCAAGAAGUUGAGAGGCUCUUUGGAGAGAGAUUCCUCCUGGAGCACAAGAGUUCCAUAAUGACACGAUUUGUUGCAGGUUUCGCUGCUGUAAUGACAACGGCUAUAGUUGCGAUAUUAUCUAUGGGGCCUUUGUUUGUUAUUCUUUUACCAGAAAACGUGAACGUCUUCUCACUGACAGCUAUGUUCAUGAUUUUAGCUUCCGUCAAUGUGAUGUUUGAUUCCUCUUUGCUUUUUGUUCACAUUUCUUAUUACAUUACCGCAUACUACAUACAGCUGAUAUCGUUUCGUUUAAAAAAAGAAGAUCACGAUGAAUUUCAACAGGCUGUUCACAAAGGGACGGACCAAAUCAAGAUGAUGAAACAAAAUGCGCUGAUAUUUGACCAUCUUUGUCGGGCCUCGUCAGAACUCAACAGCAUUUUCUCUCUACCUGCUUUCUUUUUGUUGAGCAUCAAAUUCGUCACAGUCAUAAGCACUGCCUUCGCCUACACUCAAAGCUUUAUUUAUAGGAAUGCCAUUUUGGAAAAUGCCAUAUGGAUAUAUCCUUUCCUUUUUCUAACGGAAUCUGUCCGCAUAUUUUUUCUUCUUGCUGCAGCUGACAUGCCCGUUCAUCAGGUUCGUGUCCUCCACGAACGCGUUACUACCAUGUCUCUCUCUGGAUUUUCAAAGACAAUGGCUGAAAAAAUUGCUAUGAUGACUCUGCUGGUACAAAUUGACGAGGAUCGUGUCCAAUUGUCCGCUGUCGGACUGUUCAAGGUUGGGGUGCAUCUAAUUCCGACUCUGACCGGUGCCGUCGUCACUUAUAUGGUCAUCCUUCUUCAAAACUAGUAGAGGAUAAUGGCAAAUUCAAUCGUGUCCUAUGCCUUCUGAUUGUCUGGAGGCGUCAGACGACCUAUCGGAAUAUUUUUAAAUGCUCCUUUCCUGCACACAUCAAUUGCAUUGGAUACCUUCCGCUAUCACUGGCGAUUACACUCACAAGAAAAAAAAAUAUAUAAAUAAAUUACACAAUAUCUAUAUCGUAUUCAUGCAAAUGUGGGAAAAUCUGCCUUUUUCAAAGCUUCAAAAUGCACUUUAUAGUUUUACGCAUUUUCCUACAAAUUUUUUUGUAGAAGUUCUCGUUGUAUUCAACAUAAAUCAUGCUGUAUACUGUCUAUUCACUGUGAGUUGCCUUUUUUUUUUUACCUUGAACUUAUGAGUUAUUGGUUGUUAUGCAUGGAAAUGAAGUUCGCCAUUUCUAUUAAGAAAAAAGGCGUUUGACACACAACGCGUGAAAAUAAAAGCCAUUACUACCUGAA